AUGGGGAAUGCAGCUGCAGGGGGCUUGGAGCAGGAACCAGCUGAGGGCCGAGAGGCCAGGAACUCAGUUGGUGCAGCUUCAGGAAUGAGUGACCCCGCUCCAGCCUUGCAGAAGAAGCAGCCGGCUCCCCCCAAACUGCCCAUGCCCCCAGAGGAAGAGCUGGAGGAACGUUUCAACGUGGUGCUGAGCUACAUGAACUUACCUCCUGAUAAACUGAUGCUGUUGAGUCAAUAUGACAAUGAAAAAAAGUGGGAACUAGUCUGUGACCAGGAGCGUUUCCAGGUAAAGAGCCCCCCAUCCACCUACCUGGCUAAGAUCAAGAGCUUCUACCAGGAUCAAGGAGGGGUGUCUCGUAGGCUGAAGAAACGAAUCCAAGAUGCCACCAAGGUCCUUAAAGAUUUGGAGAUAUCCCUUCGCACAAAUCACAUUGGUUGGGCCCAAGAGUUUCUCAAUGAGCAGAACAAAGGUUUGGAUGUUCUGGUGGAAUACCUGUCCUAUGCACAAAGUGCCCCCUCGUUUGAUGUGGAGAGUUUUGAAAAUGGUGGCUCCCUGCCAGAGAGGGUAAAACCAGCAGAGAGGUCAAUGGAAGACUUGACCAAGAGCUCCAACAGCUCCCACUCACAUGGGAUGAGCAGAGCUGCUCGUGCACUGACAGUAAGAAUAAGCUCCACUCUGGGGAGCAAGAUCCAUAAGAAGUCCCAUUCAUCCAGCCAGAGAGAUGAUGUGCAUGUGUGCAUAAUGUGCCUGCGAGCCAUCAUGAAUUACCAGUCUGGUUUUAACCUAGUGAUGACUCACCCAUGCUGUGUGAAUGAAAUCACCCUCAGUCUUAACAGCAGGAAUCCCAGGACCAAAGCCCUUGUGUUGGAGUUGCUGGCUGCCGUGUGUCUUGUCAGAGGAGGACAUGACAUCAUUCUGUCUGCUUUUGACAACUUCAAAGAGGCGAGCAGAGAAAAGAAUCGCUUUGAGAAGUUGAUGGAGUACUUCAUCAAUGAUGACAGCAACAUUGACUUCAUGGUGGCUUGCAUGCAGUUCAUAAACAUUGUGGUCCACUCAGUGGAGAACAUGAACUUCCGUGUUCAUCUACAGUAUGAGUUCACUCACCUUGGAUUAGACAAGUAUCUAGAGCGCCUGAAGCUAACAGAAAGUGAGAAGCUGCAGGUCCAGAUACAGGCCUACUUGGACAAUGUGUUAGAUGUCGGAGCCCUGCUGGAGGAUGCUGAGAACAGAGGAGGGGUACUAGAGCAUGUGGACAAACUGCAGGAACACAACGGACAGCUGACUGCCCAGCUUAAGGAGAUUACCAGUCAGACUGCAGAGAGAAUAUCUGAACUUGAGACUCAUCUCAUGCAGGCCACAAAGGAGACUGAGCUGCUCAAAGAAAGCCUGCGAGAGUCCUGUUCCCAGGUUAGUGCCUUGCAGCAGAGGGAACGGGAGCGGGAACUGGACAGGGAGAGGGAGAAGGACAGGGAGCGUCUGAGCGGCUCCACUCCUCAAACAUCUUCAGAGCUGGAGCAGAAGAUCCAGGAGCUGCAGGACAAAGGGCUGAUCCGACUGGGACGCAGUGCCUCUGGAGGUCUGGACAUCCAGGUGGUGCCCGUCACUGUGGUCGAAUACGUCCAAGCCCCAGCUGCUCAGCCCAGUACUCUGAGCUCAGCCACUGAUUCUGCUUCCCCACCAUCAAGCCUUCCUGCCUCUGCCCCUCCACCCCCUCCUCCACCUCCUCCACCUCCCCCUGGUGGUCCAGGGCAAGUUGCCUCUCCUCCUCCGCCGCCUCCGCCUCCACCUCCACCAGGAGGUUGUGGUGCUGUGCCCCCACCUCCUCCUCCCCUACCUGGUACUGGACCCCCUCCUCCACCUCCCCUGCCUGGUGCUGGACCCCCACCUCCUCCUCCCCCACCUGGUGGUGGCCCCCCACCCCCUCCUGGAGCACCAAACACUCAAUCUGGGCUUAAGAGCAAGAAGCCCAUUCAGACCAAGUUCAGGAUGCCAUUGUUCAACUGGCAGCCCUUAAAACCAAACCAGGUGACAGGCACAGUUUUCAACGAGCUGGAUGAUGAGCAAGUCUUAGGGGAGUUGAACAUGGAUAUAUUUGAGGAACAGUUUAAGACUCGGGCCCAGGGUAAUCCUAAAGACCUGUCCAAUAUCAAGACGAAGGUGGUCCAGAAGGCCCCCAGCAAGACGUCCUUAAUUGAUGCCAACAAGGCCAAGAAUCUGGCCAUCACUUUACGCAAAGGGGGAAUGAACCCAUCUGCUAUCUGCACCGCCAUAGAGACGUAUGACCAGCAGUCUUUGUCUUUAGACUUCCUGGAAUUACUUGAGCCGUUCAUACCAUCAGAUUUUGAGAUGAAGCUGCUGGUUAACUAUGAAAAGGAUGGCCGCCCGCUUGAGGAGCUGACUGACGAGGACCAAUUUAUACUACGCUUUGGGAAGAUUCCUCGUGUGGGGCAGCGAAUAAACACUCUCACUUUCAUGGGCAACUUCCCGGAGACUGUCAAACGCCUGCAGCCGCAACUGAACUCCAUCAUUGCUGCGUCCAUGUCCAUCAAGUCUUCAACCAAACUGAAAAAGAUCUUAGAGAUCGUUCUCGCCUUUGGCAACUAUAUGAACAGCAGUAAGAAGGGUGCAGCGUACGGUUUUCGGCUACAGAGUCUGGACCUUCUGUUGGAGACCAAGUCAACUGACCGCUCACAGACGCUACUUCACUUCAUCACCAGUAUCAUCCUGGAAAAAUACCCUGACUUGGCCAACUUCCACACUGACCUACACUUUGUAGACAAGGCAGCACUUGUAUCAUUGGAUGGCAUUCUUCAAGAUAUCCGCUCAUUAGAGCGAGGAAUGGAAAUGACCAAGAAGGAAUUCCUGGUGCAGGAUGACAGCCCGGUGUUGAAGAAUUUCAUCAAAACCAACAGUGAGCAGCUGGAAUCUUUGAUCAAAGACAGCAAGACAGCGCAGGAGGCAUACGGCUCUGUGGUCGAAUAUUUUGGAGAGAACCCUAAAACCACACAGCCUUCCAUGUUUUUCCCGCUGUUUGGACGCUUGAUAAAGGCAUAUAAGACCGCACAGCAAGAGAUUCAGCAGAAAAAGAAAAUGGAGAGUGAGAGCAGUGUGGAAAAAGAGACACCCUCUCCAAACAAGGCUGGGGCACAAAAGGGGCCUAUGAUGCCUAAGAUGCCCCAGAUGGACCUGAUAGCUGAGCUGAAGAAGAGGCAGGUGAAACCGCAAGUACGCGAGGGGAAAGAUGGCGCCUUGGAGGACAUCAUCACAGAUUUGAGAAACACACCAUUCAGGCGGACAGAUGGUCGACGGCCAGCACAGCGCCAGGACACUUAAACAAUUUCUGGUCAAAGACUUUUUACAAACUGGAAUCACGCAUACAAACAAAAGAACAUGUUUUAAAGUGUUCUGUAUAUACAGUAUAUCAAAAUAUAUAAUUAGCCAUAUGGCAGUGUGUAUUUUUGCCUGCAUUUUAGUGUGAAUUUGCUGUGUAAAUAGAAUUUAAGUUGGAACUAUUUGAUAUUUUUAAUGCGACAAUUCAUGAAUUUGAUUCCAAAUCCUGUUAAAAAUGCUAUAACUAUUUCUGUGGCGCCUACCUGCUCUGUAUGCUCUGCAUUUGCAAGAAAUAAAAAAAAUCAUGACUUUAUUUUAAAAUAAAUCUGUUUUUUUAGACCUUUGA